AUGCGUGCCGAGAUGAUCGACACCAGGUCGUAUCGUAGCGCCGGUAGUGAGAGGUCAGACGAGCUGUCGUUGAGGUCCUUACGGCGUGCUGGCGGUACAUACAAACGUGAGAAGAUGCCCGUUUCGGUGGGUAUCAUUACGGUGAUGAUGUUCAUUGCCGGUGGAGCGAUUUUGUUCGCAGUUUGGGAGGAUUGGAAUGUUUUUGAUGGUGCUUACUAUUCAUUCAUCACACUCAGGUACGUGUCUUUUUACAUUGCACUCAGCAUUGGUUUUCCUACCAAGACGCAAUCGUUAACAUUCGAUUGGGUCGUUUCAAAGGUUCAAGUGAAUCACGGCUAUUAG